GUAUGGAAGGACAAAUAAGUUUUGCCCAGACCUGCCAGAGGUUCCGGGGAGUGUUUAUGGGCUGGUCCCGUCGGGAGUUUGCGAGUGUUUGGAUCGUAGGAGAAGUCUUGGCUGUGGAACUGAGGCUGCUGAGCGAGGUGGCUAUGAGUGUGAAAAAGCUUAAUAUCUAUUGCAAUGAUCUAGAUAGUUGCUUUGACUCUCAAUACCCAAAUCGCAGCCGCAAUAUUCUAAUCAAAAACUUCUGUAGACUGAUUCAAAGCAUGCGAAAUCUGCAGCUCGUCAAAAUCUGGCAGGGAAAUCGGCACUCGACAUCGAUCAGCAAGCAUGUGCUCCGGAUACUAAAAGACUCAUCCCAACUUAGACAACUACACAUCUGUACUCUCAAACUUGAAACGACGCAAAUUAGAAAGUUUGAGCAGCUUGAGAUCCUCUACAUAGAUGUGAAGCUAACAGCCAGAGAUCUGCUACAGUCCUGCAGAACAAUGACAAGUUUGCAGACUCUACAUCUUACCGAUCAAGUGAGCAGUGCGAGACUCAGGGAAGUCCUGGCACACCUACCCUACCUACGGGACCUGAGCUUCGUGAUUUAUCGCAGUGACUCCAAGCACUCGAAACUAUAUGACUGCUGCCAAGACGCAAGCAGCUCCUUGUCAAUGCUCUUCGAUUUCCUGGCUAGCCAGAGGACCGAGGACCACCUUGCUAUCGCUCAGUGUAAAGGGCCAGAUAUGUGCUGUUCACGAAGCCGAGUCGCUGGCCAGCAUCAAGUCACUGGAGGUCCUUGACUGUAACUUUUCUAACCCCGAUUGUGUGCUGCUCCUCACAGGGCUGUCAUCCCUAAGGGCCCUGCGUAUCACGUACCUCCAGCAGAUAGAUAUAUCCUCUGCGUAUCUGUACCUGAUUCGACAGUGCCGCGAGCUGCGCUUCCUGCGCAUCUUCGACUACAACAUCAAUCCGGACUUUGUGAGGAAGGCCUCCGAAGUGCUACAAGAUGUAGAAGCGAAAAAGCCCUUAAAACUUCUUAUCCACGGUCGACACAACUCCUCAACAUUAAGGGAGUUCACCUCCAUGGCUGAAGAUAAGAAAAAUAUCAUAUUCCGCUCAUUAACUGCCACUGAACUGUUUACUUUAAUAUGAAAUGAAGUGUUGGAUAUAAUUUUACCGUUUUAGUUUACCGUUCUAUAUAUAAGCGAUAUAUAAAACGGAGCUGUUACAAGAGACACGUAGUGGUUCGGUUAAACGUUUAUUUGAGAGUGAGUAAAGUGGUAUAUACAUUAUGAGCACGAUACAAUACAGUAUUUUAACUGUAGGUAACUGAAGGUUAAACUGAAACACAAUAAAUAUAUACAUAUGUACCUAUUCGCAAAAAAUAAUCAAAAGAAUUUCUCAAAAGAAAAAUGUGAU